CCCAACAAUAGUGAAUGGCAGUGGUUUAAGUCAGUCGCGCGAACGGAGUUCCGAAAUAAACGAAGAAAAACAUUGGUAUUAAAAACAGGUCUGACCCUUAGCAGUGCUCCAAGAUGAUUUUUCAUGGUUGGAAUUGGAUCUGAACGAAACUGAUAUACCUGUACAAAGUGCUAAUAUUGUGAAUUUCAUGACCAAAAUGAGAGUUCUGAAGCCAGCUGAGUCGACAAUGAGACUUUUGGACCGUCCCACCAGCCCGGCGGUUCGCAGGGUGGAGAUGGAGCGUGGCAGAGCUGGCUACGGAUUUACAAUUGCCGGCCAAGCACCAUGUGUUCUGCGAGGAAUAAUAAAAGGAAGUCCGGCGUACAGUGUCGGACUGCGACCUGGGGACCGCAUCUUGCGUGUGAAUGAUACAGAUGUGUCUGAGGCAUCACAUGAGGUUGUGGUGAAGCUAAUCGGUACGUCAUCACGGUCACUGUGUUUGCUGGUCACAUCUGUUGACAGGCCGCCCAUGGCCUCCUGCUCCAGUGACGAGGAGCUGGGUUGUCAGAGUAAGAGUAAACUACCAUGGCUCAAUCCUGGAAAAAAGGGCCCCUUCCCUGCUAAUCUCAACAGCAUGGACACGAGGGAGCCAAUGCUUCAGUCAGUUGGAAGUUUUGACACCGUCUUUGAGAUUUCCGAUCAGGGCACCGCCCAUCAAGACAAGCAGAAAAAACAAAGACCUUUGUCUGAACCAGAUAUGUCUUAUUGGUUGCAGCAGCAUAGAUCCAAAAGCCACAUUGAUAGUCUCUCACAGGAUGACGCAUCUCGAGUCGUGAGCGAGGAUUCUGUGUUUUCAGACCUUCAGAGUCAGAAUGACUUUGUAUCGGAUUCCAGCAUCCUAAACGUUUCAAUGAUUGUGGGAUACAUCAACUCCAUGGAACUGGAGCUAGAAACGUCACAAUCUGAGGAGGAGGCGUUGCAAGCCAUUCGUGAAUGCAUCAGUCAGAUUGGUAUUGAGCAGAAGACCCAUUCAUUGGUCAUGAUGAGGGUCAAAUGCAGCUGCAUUCAGCUUUGUGAUGACCGAGACAUCGUUCUGGCAUCUUACCCAGCGGAAAACCUGGCACUCUGCAUCAUUUGCAUGGAAGACAGCAGGUUCUUUGGCCUUGUUUCGGUUGAUUCGACCAAAAAUAUUGACGUUGGGACACAGACGAGCACCCUGAAGGCAUUAUGCCAUGUCUUUUUCAUUGAUCCAGAGCUUUACAACCACCAGGAGCACCAAAGUAUCAUGAGACACUUUGGUAUGCCCUGCACUCCUGAUCCAGACACUCAAGGAUGUUUGGAGUUUCCUCAAACUCCACACUCGAUUUCACACUUCGUGUCCGUUCUCUAUACUGACAUUGGAGACUAUAUUGAAAAACUGAGAGUGAAACUCGAGAGCGAAAAUCCAGACGAACAAAAUCCACGGAACAGCGGCAGCGACAGUGGGAUCGGAAUUGCUUCUCCAGAGGAUAGAGACAGUCUGACUGGCCAGUGGAGCUUCACAUCUCCAAACAUUCCCAAUCCACCACCAUAUUAUUCCCAACACAGGAACAGCGCACUCCUCAAACCAGAAUGCAGGUGCCUUUUGUCUGAACCGCUAACAGGAGCUGCUCAACCUGCGACUCAAUCAAGUGUCACGGCCAAGGUGGAUGGUUCAGCUUUUACUCCUCUUCCUCUUAAUAUGCAAGCCAACUUGCCACCUAAACAGAGAACCAGUCAACGCAGACCGUCCAUUGGCUUAAAAGCUCGCUGGCAGAAGUCUCGUCCUAACAGCAUGGAAUGCUUGUUGGAUAGGGCCAACGAUGAGCCCAAAAGUAAAGGUAGCUUCCUGCCGCCUGCUAUGGAACAAAUUCCAACUCUCAGAUACAAACCGCUAGAAGAUCUCAAACAUCUUCAGAGAAUGAACUUCACCCCGGAGCUUGAGCUGACGACCAGGUUCUUCAGUAGCGCAGCCAAGCAUAAGGACGGGGAAAACAAGGGAUCUUUAUUUUGGGCACUCACAAGGGGACGCUCCUCUGUUCGAAAACCAACAGGUCCAGCUAAACGACUCAGUCUGGCUCAUUCACUUAAUGACCUUGAGUCGGCUGCGUCGGACGGAGAGCGCAGUGGAGUCAAGCGUCAUGACUGCGGCAGCGUGAGCAGUUUGGAAAGUAAUGGUAGUCUGCCUUGCGUCAACAACCAUUGCCGCUUCUCAGAGCGCCGUGUUGCAUCAUGGGCCAUCAGCUUUGAGCGUUUGCUCCAAGAUCCUGUGGGUGUCCGCUAUUUUUCUGAGUUUCUAAAGAAGGAGUUUAGUGAGGAAAACAUCUUAUUCUGGCAGGCCUGUGAAUGCUUUAGCCAAGUUCCUGAACAUGACAAAAAGCAGCUGUCCCAGAAGGCCAAAGAGAUCUACAAUCGUUUCCUCUCAAGUAAAGCUACUAUGCCGGUGAACAUCGAUAGUCAAGCUCAACUUGCUGACGACGUCCUGACGGCUCCACAGCCUAACAUGUUCAAACAGCCGCAGCUACAGAUCUUUAACCUGAUGAAGAUGGACAGUUAUGCUCGGUUCCUGAAGUCCACUCUCUAUCAGGAGUGUAUGAUGGCUGAGGUAGAAGGCCGACCUCUCCCUGACCCCUGCCCAAUCCCAUGUAGUCCUGCGCCCUCCAAGCACAGCUUGAACUCUGACCGUUCCACAUUCUCCACACCUAAAAAGGAAAAUAAGAAGCCCAAAACCGGCAGAUCAAGUGAUGACCUCAGAGAGAAACACUCGGAUAAGAAAAAUGGCUUCUUCUCCCGCUACAGAUAUCCAAGUAUUGGGAAAGGACAAAAGAAAAGAGAAGCCCCAGAUUUACCUUACAACUGUAAUGGGCGGAGAGAGUCUCAGGGUUCACUGUCUUCUGGUGCGAGUCAAGAGUUCAACACAACCUGUUCCGGAGGAAAGAAUGAGCAGUGUGAGCUGAGACGUUCAGGUUCAGUUUGGGAAAAGGACAAAGAUCGAUGCGGCAGGACGUGUCGAGUAAUCCUGCCCGACGGCUCAAGCUGCUCCAUUCCUCUACGACAGGGCGUCUCCAUCAGACAGGUGCUGCUAGAGCUCUGUCAAAAACAGCACAUCAACCUGGCUGCUGUCGACCUCUUCCUCACUGGAGGAGAGAAGCCUUUGGUGUUGGACCAGGAUAGUAAUACCCUCAGCUCCCGAGAACUUCGUCUUGAGAAACGCACUUUGUUCAGACUGGACCUGGUACCCAUUAACAGAUCGGUUGGGUUGAAAGCAAAACCCACAAAACCUGUGACUGAGGUUCUGCGUCCUGUGGUUGCCAAGUAUGGACUCCACCUUGGCGAUUUGGUGGCCAGAAUAAGUGGCGAGACAGAGAUUCUGGAUCUUGGAGUCCCCAUAUCAAACCUUGAUGGUCUACGAGUUGUAUUGGAGAGGGCUGAUCCAGCCAAAGACAAGUCUAAAACACUCAACUCCAAAACACCAGCUGCCAAGAAAGGUCUCCUAAGAGAGAGAGACGACAUCUCAGCGGGGAAACCGUUGAAAGGAGAUGCUGAAGACAGGCAUCCGCGGACAGCAGCGUCAGACAGGAAGAAAGGGAAAAAGAAUCAUAUAGAUGAAGCAGAAGAAUUUUUCGAGUUGCUAAGUCGGGCCCAGAGCAGUCGCGUCGAUGACCAGAGAGGCUUGCUGAGGAAAGAAGAUCUCGUGCUUCCCGACUUUCUCCGUGUGAAUCCUGAUCCCGAACCCCAACCUCCUGCCUGCUCGACCCCCACCUCCCAUAAACCCGGCCACACCACCACAAACCCCCAACCCCCUAAACCCAGCUCCUCUAACGGACACCCCCGUGCACCCAGCCCUGACUCGAUCCCUUUCAUCACCCCACUCUCCCCUAUCCUAUGCCCCACUGGUCCCCAGGGCCCGGAGGAGGAAGGGCUGGGCGAUCUGACUCUGGUGGGGGAGGGGGACAUCACCAGCCCUAACUCCACUCUGCUUCCGUCUCCACCGAUCUCUCCGCCUCCUUAUGAGGGCAGUCUACCUGAGGCCGACUUCACUCCGCCGGCAUGCGUUCACAAGCGGCCCAGCCCAGGUACAGAGGAAGGAAGCUCGUGCACUUCUUCAGCGGUCAAUAACCAGCACCCCUCCUCAACAUCCCAAGCGGACUCCUCUGUGCGGGACAGGAGGCUCGGUGUGGAGGGGGUCACUCUGGAGGACAGCUUCGAGGGUUACAAAGCCGAGCUUCGCCAGUGCCAGAACAAAAUGAGAAAUGGCAUUCACCCCUCCACAGAAGCGUCCCGUCCCCUCAGCGGGGUGCUGGAAGUCAACGAGAGCGACACAGUGCAAUACAAAGCAACGUUUGUCUGAAGGAAGCUGCUUGUUGGACAUUUUCAAAGACUGAUAUGGAGCCAAAAUGUGCAUGUGGAAAAUAUUGUGUAUGUAAAUAAUGUGACCUAAGAUUGAAGAGGUUACUCGUUCAUAUUUUGUAACUCACGACCAUUCUUUAUUUAAUGAGUGGCUAAUUAGUGUUCAGUGUUAGAUUGAAGUCAUAGUGCACAUCAGAAUAACUCGGGAGGUAAACGCAAAUGGUUUCAGUAGCCUAAUUAUAGUGGAAUUAAUGCAACAGUUCCAAUAAAUUCCCUUGGAUUUUAUUUUUAUUUUU